AUGCCUGCCGCGGCCAUGCCCGGCGGGGGUGCCGCCGCCCCUCGGCAGACCCCCCUGCUCGGACUGAUGGUCAUGCUCCUGGCCAGCCUCAUGGCCCUGGCCGCCGGCCAGCAGCCGGCCCUGCCGACCAGCGACUAUUGCAAUGGCCCAGGCGAGACCGCCUACUCCGGGGGCUGUUACCCGGCCCUGCGGCGCUGCCAGCGGUCCAUCUACACCCAGGCCGACCUCAUCUGCACCCAGUACAAGCCGGAGUACCACACGGUCGAUGGGUUUGGCUUCCUGGCGGAGGAGCUGCCGGACCUGGCGGUAUCCGGGGCCGGGCUCGUGCAAAUCGGCCCGGCCGACUGCUGGAACGUGGUGCCCGGCAAUUACCGGCGGUGCGCCGUGUGCCGGUUCCAGGCGGCCGGCGACGGCCUCUGCCGGCCGGAGCCCCUGGCCCAUGCCCAAUGCACGGCCCUGGCCCACCCCCACAUCAAUGAGGACUGCGCGGCGUGCGCGCCCGGGCACUGGCUGGACCUGGACCGCCGGUGUGUCGACACCUGCCCGGCGGCCAGCCACCUCGCCUGCGGGGCCCACUGCAUCCCGCGGCACCGGGUGCCGGGCGGCUUCGAGUGCGCCGCCUGGCCCAUGGCCACCAUGGCCCCGUCGGACGAUGAGCCGGCCGGCCGGCCGGAGCACCGGCACCUGCUCCGGUGCAGCGCCCCGGGCGUGUGCUUCCAGUGCCACGACACGUGCGACGAGUGCGCCGGGCCCGGGCCGAAGGACUGCACCGCCUGCCCGGCCGGGCGCUUCCUCCUGGCCCAUGGCGCCAAGGACUUCCCCCAGGCCCGGGUCCAUGUGGGGGCCUGCAUCCGGGGGUACCAUGCCAGCGGCGACCCGGCCGGGCCGGCCGGCUGCCCGGCCACCACGGCCAACACCGGGCAGGACGUGUGCGUGGCCUGCCGGCAGCACUGCCGCAUCUGCGACCCGGCCAACCCGGGGCACUGCCUGUCCUGCCUGCGGGGGUUCUUCGCCCGGCCGGAUGGCACCUGCUCGGCCACCUGCCCGGAGGGCACGGCCAAGGACUCGCUCACCGGCCGGUGCAUCCAGUGCCUGCCCGGGUGCGGCAAGUGCGCGUCCGAGAGCCCGGAGGUGUGCAUGCGCUGCGCCGACCCCGGCCAAUCCCUCCACCACAACCUCUGCCACACCAGGUGCCCGGCCUUCUUCGUGCACGGGGACCAUGUGUGUCGCAAGUGCCCGGCCAAUUGCUUCCGCUGCUUCAACCCGCUCUACUGCGACAUCUGCAAUGAGGGCUACGACCCGUAUGGCUUCGAGUGCGUGUCCUACUGCGGCGGCGAGUGGUUCUACGACGAGUCGCUGCCAUCCAACAUCCGCGGCUGCAGCCAGUGCAGCUCCAACUGCGCCACGUGCGACAACUUCGCCGACAACUGCAAGACCUGCCCCCCGGGCAAGUUCCUGGUCCAGGGCCGCAACCAGCAGGAACGCCGGUACUGCGCCGAUGCCUGUCCCCCGGGCACGUACCGGCCCUCGACCGAUCGCCAAUGUGCCCCCUGCACCGACCCCCAAUGCGCCUCCUGCACCGGGGCCCACCAGUGCCUCGAGUGCCGGCCGGGGCACCUGCUCUUCGCCGGGUCCCGGUGCCUGCUCGCCUGUCCGCAGGGCUUCCGGGCCGACGGCCACCAGUGCGCGCCCUGCGAUGGCUCCUGCGCCACCUGUGCCAAUGGCCUGCAAGAGGGCUGCCACCAGUGCACGGCCGACCCGGCCGGCGGGGCGCCCCUGCUCAAGCACCUGCAAGCCCCGGACGCCGAUGUGUCGGCCCCGGGCCGGUGCGCGCCCGACAGCCUGGCCCAGCCCGGCUGGGGGCUCCUCUUCCAAAACCAAAAGGCCCGCUAUGUGGUCCCCUGUCCGGAGCAUUGCGCCAGCUGCCUGGUGGAGCAUCCCCACGAGCCGGGCCUGCGGGCGCUGCGCUGUGUGGCCUGCCUGCCCGGGCAUGCGCUCAGCUCGGAUGGGCGGACCUGCGUCGCGGACCCCGUGCCCCCGGUCGACGAGUCCCUCUCCGGCUCCGAUGGCGGUGCUGCCACCUCAGGCCCGAGCGAUUGA